CAAAAACGGGCUUCCGCUAGAUCAUGCGUCGCAGUUGAGCGCAUGAAAUCACAAAGAAAUGUAGUUCAUACAUCAUUUUCCGCUCGUACGUGCAUAUCACCUCCUGUCUUUCACCUAAACUGAAGUUGGAAGAAAAAACAUCAAGAAAAGGUGAACUUUUAAAGAAUUGUAACUGAACACGGGAUGCUGGCAGUAUGCCAUCUAUAGCACACACAGAAUAUGGAAUUAAAGAUGUCUGGCAAAACAACAUGGAAGAGGAGUUUAGGAAAAUACGCCAUGUUGUUCAAAAAUAUAGAUAUGUUGCUAUGGACACAGAGUUUCCUGGAGUUGUAGCACGGCCAAUAGGAGAGUUUAGAAAUGCUGCAGAUUUCCAGUACCAGUUGUUACGGUGUAAUGUAGACUUGCUCAAGAUCAUACAGUGUGGUAUAACAUUUUUAGACGAGAAUGGUGAUACACCAUCACCUAUAUCAACAUGGCAGUUUAACUUUAAAUAUAGUUUAGUGGAAGACAUGUUUGCACAAGAAUCAAUAGAUUUACUACAGAAUUCUGGGAUUCAGUUUAAGAAACAUGAAGAGGAAGGAAUUGAAGUAUAUGAAUUUGCUGAGUUGUUAAUGACAUCUGGUAUAGUGCUAAGUGAAAAUGUCAAAUGGUUGUCUUUUCACAGUGGAUAUGACUUUGGAUAUUUGUUGAAGUUGUUAACAGAUCAGCCUUUACCAUCAGAAGAAUCAGAAUUCUUUGAAUAUUUACGGAUAUAUUUCCCUAAUAUUUAUGAUGUUAAAUAUUUAAUGAAAAGCUGUAAAAACUUGAAAGGAGGAUUACAAGAGGUAGCGGAACAGUUAGAGAUUGAAAGAAUAGGUCCCCAGCAUCAAGCAGGUAGUGACAGUUUAUUAACAGGGGCAGCAUUUUUCAAAAUGAGAGAGAUGUUUUUUGAAGAUAACAUAGACGAUGCCAAAUAUUGUGGUCAUUUAUAUGGACUUGGUACAUCAUAUGUUCAAAAUGGGACAGGUUACGACAAUAAUGUGUUUGGUACACAAAAUCAUAAUUCUGUGUCAACGCCGCAUGAUGAAACGAACUCUGUAUCAAGUAAUUCAUAGAAUCUCAUGCUGUGCAAUAUUUUGGAAUGUCUUUAGAAGAGUUGUUGUAACCAUGAUAAAGGCAAGAUCAUGUGACAUCAAGAACAACGUUGAAAAAUGAGUGACCAGCACUACCAAUGAGAUCAUGUGACUUAUCAGCAUGAAAAUAGGCAGCUAUUGUAUAGGGUUCAUGACCUUGUCCUUUCAUCUGACCUUCUGUGAUAAAUCAAACAGGGACAACCAUCAUGUCAUCAAGUGUCUCAGGUGUAACUAUGGUUACUAUAUUUCUAUAGAGAUAUUUCAAAAUGUUGUUCGAUGAGCUCACUUCUAUAUGUCCAUCGAAAAGAAAAUUCUUUUGAAACAAAUUAAAAAAAGAGUGAAUAACUUAAAGGGAAAAAAGAAAGCAGUGCAUAAUUUUUUAAUUUCCAACUUGGUGUUUGAACAUCAGGAAAUGUUAAUACAUUCUAAAAAGUUUUUUACAAAAACUUCUAGCUUAAAGAAUUGAUAAUUUUUUUUGAUACUUUUUAUGUUGAAAUACUCAGAAAUAAUCAAGACAUUUGUUAAAUUGUGAUCAAUAAGAGUUAAAUCUAUAAAUAUUCUCUUAUAAAUGGACAUACGGAAAUGACUUUUUGUUGUAACAUUGUCUUUCAUAAAUCAUGUACCAUCUCCGACAAUUUAUUCAGGGGACACAACUGGGGCCACAAUAUCAUGUACGAACUACAUUUCCAUGUUGACAGGAUGGAAAAGAUAUAAGAUUUAAUUAAUCAAAUUUAAUCUCCUUGCAACUAUAUUUACCAUUUAAACAGGAUAUUGGAAUGCCAUCUUUAUUAUUGAAAUGAAAUAUUAGCAAGAUACAGCUUUUAAUAUUGAAAACUUGUUUAUAUUUGUAGAUUUUCAGUCAAUAUCUUUCAAAUGUAGAACCGUUAAUUAAAAAAAAGAAGUUAAAGCUGUAUUAAAAAUGAUUAUGACCUGUGUCAGUUUAUAACUAAAUGUAUUACUAUCUAAGUUAAUAAAUAUAAAACGUAGUUGCAUGGGGAAUAACUCUGUCUCAAGUAAUUGUUCUAAAAUUCCAUCAGUGUUUCUACUGAGGAUUGCUAAAGCGACUGUGAUAUUUUUGUGAUUUAUUUUUCUGAAGCACUCUUUUUGUUUUCAUUUUAAAUUGAAGCAGUUUCCAUUAUUUUAUUUCCAUCAGACUCCAUCACUGUUUUACAUGAAACUAUAGAACUGUUAAUAGUAUUUUUUGUUAUGGACCUGAAUGAUAUAUGUGAAAUAUAUUGACCUGAAGAAAGGGUGAUGUCUUAGUUAUUCAAUGGAUACCCAAUCUACUUAUUUGUAAAAAUCAUAAUUUUUCUUCUAUAAAAGAAAUGCAAGAUUUAUGUCUCUUUCUCAAUCCAGAAGUUUUUGUAUCUACAAAAAUACUAAUUCAGAUUUCUAAUUCUCACAAUAUUUCUACAAACAGAUCACUUUAGAAAAUAUAAUUUUUAUUCAAUAUUAGAAAGAUUGAAGCAUAUUAUACAAUUGACUGUCAUCUUGAUAGCUUGAGACAGAGUUCUUAUAAAGCAGUUGCUUAAAACUAAAUAAGUAAAUAAAGAAAAUUAUUAUGGACAUUAAGUCAAAACCUUGUCUAGCUAGGUUAAAGUAUUUUCACAAAUUUCUUUUUAUUGUGAUGUAUAUACAUACUAGUAUUAGU